CAGCAGCCAUGCACUGGGAGCUCUAGAGGGAGGGUCUCUGAGUGCAAGCACAGUUUUUAUGCCUCUGUUUUCAUUCAGUGGAUGCUCAGUGGCCCCUGAACAGCUUGGAUUUAACUGUUGACCGUCUGGCUAACAGGUGGCACUUGGGGAAACAGUGAGACUCUGUGUGGAGUGCCGCUGCAGGCUCAGACGCUCGGAGGACUGUUGCAGGAGCCAUCAGCAUGUUGAGGAUCCAGACGUCGUUGCUUCUCCUGGUUGUCUGCGCUGGGAACUUGGAGGCCUGGUUGUGGUUCUCGAAUCCAAAACCGACCACAGAGACCCCAGCGGAGACAGUAACAACAGGUGCCACCACGUCAUCAGGCUCCACAGGUGCCAGCACGCCAUCAGACUCCACAGGUGCCAACGUGCCAUCAGGAACCACAGAUGCCACGGCACCCUCAGGCUCCACAGGUGCCAGCACGCCAUCAGGAACCACAGGUGCCACCGCACCCUCAGGCUCCACAGGUGCUACCACGCCACCAUCAGGAGCCACAGGUGCCACCACGACAGCCAAUGGCACAAAGAAGAAGGAAGAGAAGGAGGAGGAUGACGACUUGUCUGGGGUUGGGGAAGAAAUCAUCAACUUGGCCACAGGAAUCCAUAAGUUUGUCGAGGCGUGGGAUGCAACCCCAACUGCCAGGACUAUUAAUGGAGACCUGACGGAGAAGGUGGAGAGUGCUAACCUUAACAUGACUGUGGAAAAUGGCGUCUCUUUGCUCCAGCUAAUUGGAGACCCUCCACCGGAUGAGAUCACCAGGGUCUACGGGCCGAGGGGGGAGGCCGCCUACGUCUUCACCCCUGCGGCAGUGUCGGGCCAGCCGGCUCUGGCCCACAUCCCCAACCCUUUCUAUCGACACUUCUCCCUCAUCUUCCACAUCAAGCCCUCCACUCCUGCGGCCUCCGUCCUCUUCUCCAUCACCGACGGGCCACAGAAGCUCAUGUAUGUCGGGGUCAAGCUCAGUGCCGUGCAGUCCGGCCGUCAGCGGGUGCAGUUCUUCUACACCGAGCCCGACUCUGAGGCCUCCUACGAGGCAGCCAGCUUUGACGUGCCGAGUCUGGUGGACACCUGGAAUCGCUUCUCGCUGGCCAUCUUUGAGGAGCAGGUGACUUUCUACCAGGGCUGCGACUCUGAGCCACAGGUGGUGAAGUUUGAACGUUCGCCGGAUCCCAUGGAGCUCGACCCGGGAGCGGGGAUCUUUGUGGGUCAGGCAGGAGGAGCCGAUGUCGACAAGUUCCAGGGUUCGAUUGCAGAGCUGAAGGUGGUGGGAAACCCUCGGGCGGCCGAGCGUCUGUGUGACGACGAGGACGACUCUGACGCCGCCUCGGGUGACUUUGGCAGCGGUGAAGGUGACAGGAGACAAACAGGACAGACUGUGAAGACCACACCUGCUUCCUUCGGUCCAGUACCCGAACCCCCUGUGAUCACCUCUCAAGGAACCACACUCAAAGAAACAGGUCCUGCAGGUCCCGGCGGGGCUAAAGGUGAGAAAGGCGACAGAGGAGAGAAAGGCUCAAGGGGGGAUGUAGGACCCGCAGGGCCAAAGGGAGAUUCAGGCUCCAGCUCUGGUUUCUCCUCUCCGGGUGGAGGAGUGAAGGGAGAAAAGGGCACAAAGGGAGACAAAGGUAUAAAGGGUAGUUCAGGCUUCGGGUAUCCCGGCAAUAAAGGAGAACGCGGGCCUCAGGGGCCUCCAGGGCUCCCCGGGCCCCCCGGACCUGCAGCUGAGGUGGUUCGACUUGGAGACGGCUCUGUUGUGCAGCAGGUGUCUGGACCUGCCGGACCGCCGGGACCACCAGGUUCAGAGGGACCUGCAGGACCUCCGGGAGCUGAUGGAGAGAAUGGUGAUCCCGGAGAGGAUGGAAAAGCAGGUCCCCCUGGGCCACGUGGUUUUCCAGGAAGUCCAGGAACUGCUGGUGCCAAAGGACAAAAGGGUGAGCUGGGAGAGGGUCAGCCUGGACCUAGAGGCCCCCCUGGUCCACCAGGGCCUCCUGGACCUGGCACCGGUGACCGCCCAACAUUUUUUGACAUGGAGGGCUCAGGAUUCCCAGACUUGGACAGAAUCCGGGGUGCACGUGGUCCACCAGGCCCCCCAGGCCCUCCCGGCCCUCCCGGGACCUCAGUGGCACUGGGGUCCAACGGACCAAUAGCUUUCGGACCUCCUGGACCACCUGGACUGGAUGGAGCCCCUGGUCUACCAGGCCCUCCUGGUCCUCCUGGUCCUCCGGGGCAACCAGGACUCGUCGGAGUGAAGGGUGACAGUGGUGAGCUCGGUCUUCCAGGACCAUCUGGAGAAAAGCAAGACACGCAAGACUCCAGCUUUUUCACCGGCCUCUUCUCUUUCUUUACUCCAUCCUCUACGGGUGCUCAGGGUGACCCAGGGAGGGCAGGCACACCUGGGCAGACUGGGCUAGCAGGGCUUCCAGGUCCCAUGGGACCAGUUGGACCCCCAGGGCCUCCUGGGCCACCAGGGCCACCGGGACAACCACCAUCCCGUGGUGGUUUUAGUUUUUUUGGUUUGGGUGACAAGGGUGAAUUUGAUGCGACCAAUGACUUGCCUGCACUCAGAGGCCCACCUGGGCCACAGGGUCCAUCUGGUAUUGCAGGUCUACCUGGUAAACCAGGUUUACCAGGCAUGCAUGGAGAAAAAGGAUCAGAGGGACCGAGAGGACCUCCUGGCAUACCAGGCAUCAAUGGGUUCCCCGGACAGCCGGGUGAAAAGGGAGACAGAGGAGAGAGAGGAGAGAGGGGUCUGCCAGGGCGAGAUGGCGGGCCACCCGGACCUCCAGGGCCUCCCGGACCUCCAGGACAAAUCAUCUACCAGACAAAUGAUUAUAAUGACGUAUAUUGGAACGAAGGUUCGCAGCGAGGACAAGGUGUUCCGGGUCGAGCAGGACUCCCGGGGCCCAUGGGACCAAAAGGAGAUAAAGGAGACUCGGGUCCACCGGGAUAUGCACCUAAAGGACAGAAAGGAGAGCCUGGCCUCAUCCUGGGGCCUGAUGGGAGACCCCUGUACAUCGGUGGCCUGGCAGGACAGCCGGGUGAGAGUGGACCUCCUGGCCCUGUGGGACCUCCGGGUCCGUCUGGUCCAUCAGGCCAGAAGGGAGAGAUUGGGCUUCCCGGCAGACCCGGUCGACCAGGGCUGAACGGCGCCAAAGGAGAGAGGGGAGUUUCAGGCACUGGAUCUGGAUAUGGUUACCCCGGCCCUCCAGGUCCGCCGGGCCCUCCUGGACCUCCUGGACCUCCUGCUAACCUCGACAGAUUCAGAGGGUAUGAGGACUACUCCAGGAAUUACCCAGCCGUCAAAGGAGAAAAAGGUGAUCGUGGACCACCGGGGACACUUGAAAUUCCAGGUUUCGGGUCAAACUUUGACAUUUACGCUUUCAGGAGAGAGAUGAAAGGUGAGUCGGGCAGUCCAGGCUUGAAGGGAGAGAAAGGAGAACCGGGCGGAGGAUAUUAUGACCCCCGCUAUGGAGUGAGCGGACCCCCAGGAGAACGUGGACCUCCUGGUGACUCAAUCGUUGGCCCGCCAGGCCCUCAGGGGCCCCCUGGACCACCAGGAAGAGGCUAUGAUGGGCAGCCUGGACCACCAGGGCCCCCUGGACCUCCAGGGCCAUCCUUAUCUGGACCUUACAGGGGCACACAGACUAUCAGCAUUCCUGGACCACCAGGACCACCUGGAGCACCUGGAGUACCUGGACACUCCUCAGGGGUGACAGUGUUGAGGUCUUAUGACACCAUGACCUCCAUGGCUAGAAGACAACCUGAGGGCUCUCUGGUCUACGUGAUAGAACAAACAGAUCUCUACUUGAGAGUCCGAGAUGGAGUUCGUCAAGUCCACCUCGGAAGCUAUAUUCCUUUGCCCAGUGAGGAUGGUAAUGAGGUUGCAGCUGUGGAGCCCCCUCCAGUCGUGCCCUACUCCCCAGACCACCACUCCAACACCGACACCUCCACACACGACUCCCAUCGGUCGCCUGAGAGUCCGGUCCACCCCGACUCUGGCCGUCACCAGCAUCACCCUGAGCCUGAACGCCCAUCAAACCCGGAUCCCAGAUAUCCAACCCACCCUGAUCCCAGAUACCCAACCCACCCUGAUCCAAGAUACCAACCUGACUCCUCGUAUCAGCCGGAUCCACGGUACCCAGCACCAACAGAUCCCAGGUUUCCAAGUUUCUCGGAGCGGUUAAAUCAACCAGACGGCAGGCAUUUCAUCCACACAACCCAGGAACGGCCUGCGUACCCAGACGGUCGCUACGCAGUUACUCCUCAGCGAAGACCACCUCCUCCUGUGCCGGAGACUCCAGUCCACCAUCAUAAUUCAGGUCCAGGCCUUCACCUGAUCGCCCUGAACAGCCCUCAGACCGGAUCCAUGCGUGGCAUCCGCGGUGCAGACUUGUUGUGCUUCACUCAGGCUCAGGCCAUCGGGAUGAAGGGGACUUUCCGGGCCUUCCUGUCCUCCAGACUCCAGGAUCUACACAGCAUCGUCCGCAAGGUCGACAGGGACCGUUUGCCAAUAGUCAACCUGAAGGACGAAGUUCUGUUCGACAGCUGGGACGCCAUCUUCAAUGAUGGCAGAAUAAAGGACAACGUUCCAAUCUACUCCUUCAAUGGCAAAGACGUUCUCAGCGAUAGCACCUGGCCAGAGAAGAUGAUGUGGCACGGCUCAAGCAGCGGCGGGCAGCGGCACGUCGACAGCUUCUGCGAGACGUGGCGCGUGGGCGACCAGACGCUGACCGGCAUGGCGUCUUCGCUGCAGAGCGGCGGCUUGCUCCAGCAGAGCUCCAGCAGCUGCUCCAGGUCCUUCGUCGUGCUGUGUAUCGAGAACAGCUAUAUCAGCCACGCCAAGAGAUAGACACACACACACACACACACACACACUGGACGAAGGAAGGUCAUGCUUUUGUCCACGCAUACUCUUCUAUCAGUGCACUGUAUGUGGUGCUUUGUAAAUAAGUCUUUUCUGAUAAAUAUGUACUUUAUGUUUCUUAGCCCCUCCUAUAUGGUGCUAUACAGGAUUAUUCCACAUGUUGAACCUAAGUUAAGCUCAGGUAACACACAGUAACACACAGUAACACACCCUCCGGCAGCCAUAUUGGAAGUGUGCACCUUUCAAGGCAGCCUGGCCUGAAAGCUGACCAUGACUCCAAAGGCGUUGUUGUGUGUGAACAGAAAUGUUUGAUUUCUUUGCUGUUUGUGGCUUGUGAGCUAGCAGUCGCCCUAAUGUCGUCCCUCUCAAACCCAGCACACUGGAGGUGAACUGAUUUGAUUGAAUGUCCUGGUGAUAAGUAAGUGAACACACAGGCUGCUCAGCUGUUUCCACAGGGACGAUUUCCUCCCGAGAAAGUAAUUCCAAAACUGUCAACAGUAUGGUGGAUGGAUCAUACAAAGUAAAUAGGACAUCUGUGACACCCAGUCAGAGCUGAGCAUCUCAAAAAAAAAAGAAAAAAAAAGACAUUAAAGAGGUUCAACAUUAAUGACUGCUGUUUUGAGGGUAUUUCUAAAAUCCUCAGAAACUCCGCCAAUCUUCUGGAUGAAAAUGUUGCAUUCAGAACAAUAUAUGUAUAUACAUAUAUAUAUAUAUAUAUAUAUAUAUUUAGAAAUGUUGUUCUUGCCAAAUUUGUACAACAAAGCAUUUAUAUUUCCCAUCUGUGUAAAGAUGACUUGCUUUUCUGUCCGGAAAACGAGUCUUUGAGGAUAUUUGGAAAUAUUCUUUCAAAACUUCUUCUUUCUUUCUCUUUAAUAUUCUGACAUUUUUUCCAAUCCUGUAACCUCUAUUGUCAUGUGUUUGGAGGAGAAAUGAAUAUCUCUGGCAAGAUUUGUCACGCAGAAGGAAACGUAGCUCAGCCAUAUGUCCUGACGUGAGAAACUAAACCCACCUCAGAGAGGGAUGCACCGCUGCAGUCAGUGGAAAUGAUGUCUGAACUCCAAGUUCAGACAGAACAAGAAAGAAAAAAGGUCGACUUUCACGUCUCCUCGUCUGCGUUUAACCAGAAACCCUGUGCCAUUAAUACAUUGACACACCAGAUGUAGAAGUGCCUGAAAAGCAGUGUUAAGGUUUCCUGUGGAUUAAACACCACAUUUACUUUUUAUUUCAGUUUGAUUUGUCAGUUAAAGUCUCUUGAAACGGUGCAGUCACAUGUUCUUACCCUCCGCAGUGACUGCCUGACACAGGAAGAUAUUUUUAGCAGUAACAAAGGGAUAUUUAUUUUUUAUAAGCCGUGCGUUUUCUAGUUCAGCUCUAAUGUGUGAUAAAAAUAAAAAUAAUUUCCUAAUACACCCCGCUAAUCUGCAAACCUUACACAAGGAUGUGUGGUGAUUACUGCAAACAGCUGUGGGACAAGUUUCCUGCUGUGAUAUAGUUCGUGCACAAAGUCAGUCGAUGUACAGAGUUGCGUUCAGCCGUAAAUGUUCGUCUAUGCACUGUUGCUUUUUAUGUGUUAUUGCUUCUUAUUCGAGAACAUUAAAUGCCCUGCAGCUGGCUCACAGUGGAGAUGAUCCGAACUCUGACAGUGCAGCAUCAGAUGCAGUAAGACUUGUAUUAACUCUGACAGGUUUAGUAUGUGUUCUUCUCCUUGUGUGAGCGACUUUCUGAAAUGUUGCAUUUCACUGAAUAAACCUGUGUGGAAAUAUGUGA